GCGUGGCACGUCAGCAGACUUGCUGAGGUGCGAUCAAAUGCUUCUGGAGUAUUCUGAAGUGAGUUAUAAGUUACUUUGCAGUUGCACCUUCAUCUCAGUUCAAACUUCACUCGCUCAAACACAGAGAGAAAAGAAACAUAUGGGAACACAGGGAAGCAACAGAAAAACAGGAGGGGUUUCGGACGCAGUAGGGGUCAGAUUCAACCCCACUCCGGAAGAAAUGGUGGAUCAUUACUUGAAGCUCAAGAAACAGGACAAGGGUUUCAAAUCUGAUCACAUCGCUGAAUUCGACGUCUGCAACUUGGACCCUUGGGAUUUGGCUGCUCGCAUUCCAUCCGACGAUAUGGUGUGGUACUUCUUCAGCCCUAAGGAGUACAAGUAUAUCAAUAGCACCCGUUACAACCGAACCACACCAGGAGGUCAGUGGAAAAUGACAGGCAAGGAGCGUCCGGUCAAGGCUCGGCUGUCCAAAGCUGUCAUUGGGAAGAAGAGGACCUUGACAUUCUACCAACGUUGUGGGCCUCAACGCAAACUGAAAAAAACCAACUGGGUCAGGCACGAGUACAGUCUCAUUGAUAGUGAAGCCAACUCUAAUCCUAAGCUGCGUCAGAAGGAUUUUGUUCUCAAUCGCAUGAAGAAAGAAUUUGAUGAAGAGGAUACCUCAAUUGGUGAAGUUGAACUUGGCAGCUACAGUGUGUCUAAUGUUGAAGAUCAUGCUGCAGCUGCUGUGACUCCAGAGUCACAGGAUUACAGUUCCUCUACAUUCCUAUCAUCAGGAUACAUAGAGCCGGGAGAUGUUCUGCAAGCCAAUGGCACUAAUUAUGAUUGUAAUGCAAUACAAUCACCAUUUGGAGAUAAUCAUUAUUCUUAUAUCGAUAAGAAUGAUAUUUCAAACUAUGAUAAAGGUGAUUUGUUCACCAUGUCUGAUUUCGAAAAUGAACUUCUAGAUGAUAUGUGUCAAGAGCCUCGAGUUGGAGAUUUUUAUUCACAUUUUACAUACAAGAAUAAUAUUUCAGCCAAUGCUGAAAAUGAGGCAGUUAGCUACACCGCGUAUGAUUUUAAAAAUCAAAAUGCAGAUGAUAUGAUUCAAGAGCAGUCUUAUCUUCAACCAGAAAAACAUGCGAGAAGUGUUCUGGAUGCUGAUGUCUGUAACAGUGGCUACAACAAUUGGCAACCACAAUUUUGGAAUAAAGAUUCUUAUCUUACAGAUAAGAAUAAUAUUUCAACCAAUAAUGAGUGUGAACAAUUUAGCAACACACAUUUUAAUUUUGAAAAUUGAGUUACAAAUGAAAGGACUUCAGAGGUGAGAAUGAGAAUGCUCUUUGAACUUUUGCUGUAUGAACUUCUUGUUAUGAAUAUAUUCAAACUUAGCUUUUUACUUGUUCAUGAUUCUUAAUCUAGGUAUGUCUUCCGCAAGAAGAAGAUUUGGAAUUGGCUUUUCAUCUACCUCAGCUAGAGGACUACACACUGGAGCCACCAAUGAACAAAAAAGUGGGAGAUGUUUUGCAUGACAAUAACUAUGUUUGCUAGUCCUAUGAAGAAAUAAUAUAUUCUUAUUUUAUCUGACUACAAGCUACGGAAGUGCAGUAAGCAUUGAUGUGGACGCUGAUGUAGGAUCAUUUAUCUGUGAAAGACCAUUUUGAUUUAGCUAAGCGAGAAAAGCAAAGAGGCCCUUUGAAUUAGGCAAGGAAGAGGUAGCUGGCAGCAACUGAAAACAUUCUUUCAAUUUCCGGAAAAUCUCCCUGAAGUCAGUUCAUAGUCUUCCACAUAAUAAUAGAAAGAGAUCCUCCUCUCCGGAUCUCUUUCUCCAAGGUCAGUAAAUCAAGUGAUCCGAACUUUUGAAAUUUAGUUCAACAACAAAAAUUUAUUAUAACUUUUAAGGGUCCGAAUUUCAAUAGAUAUUGAAUCAAAUUUCAAUAACCCGGAUCACUUGAUCUGCGGAUUUUGAAGGAAAAGAUUUGGAAAUGAUCUCUUUUCCAGAAUAAUGUUUCAACCAAGCCGUAGUUCUCACUGUAUUGGCAGUGCUUUUGUUUGUUCUGCAGCUGCUACUGCAAGGCUACCGGAGUUUUUAUCAGUCUACAUAUUAGUGUUACUUUACAUGUGUUUUUGUGUAUAAUUGGAAUGACUAUUAAAACAUAUGGUUGUAGUUGGUCUUAAACCUUUCUAUAUGUGUAUCCUUGUGUAUUGUUUAUCAGAACAUCUUAUUUUGCA